AUGAAGGACUCGGACGCGGCGGAGGCUAGCGAGGGCGGCCGGACGUUCGAGUGUCCGGUCUGCGGCCGGACGUUCGGCUACAAGCACGUGCUCCAGAACCACGAGCGCACGCACACGGGCGAGAAGCCGUUCGAGUGCCCCGAGUGCCACAAGCGCUUCACGCGCGACCACCACCUGAAGACGCACCUGCGCCUGCACACGGGCGAGCGGCCCUACCGCUGCCCGCACUGCGAGCGCCACUUCGUGCAGGUGGCCAACCUACGCCGCCACCUCCGGGUGCACACGGGGGAGCGCCCCUACGCCUGCGGCGCCUGCGAGGCGCGCUUCUCGGACAGCAACCAGCUGCGCGCGCACACGCUCAUCCACCGCGGCGAGAAGCCCUUCCAGUGCGCCCAGUGCCGCGGCCGCUUCCGGAGGCGACACCACCUGGCGCACCACAAGUGCCCCAAGGACGAGGCGAACGCGGGGCGGCCCCGGCGCGGACGCCGCCCCAGGGCCUACGAGCCCCGGGAGGGGGAGGAGGAGGAGGUCGCCGCCUCGGAGGACGUCGACUCGGACGCCGGACACAACCACGCCAGCGACGACAGCGGGGUGGCCGACACCCCCGCGAGGCACGAGCAGUCCAGCCCCGGCAGCAACCACUCCGCAGACGACGCCAGGGAGGUGCUGACUCUGGAUGCCGGCGUGGUGAACGGGAACAGCCACCUGGUGACGAACAAGAUCGCGGAGAGCCACCCGCUCCGGAUCCCGGAAGUGAGCAACGGCCACAUCCACCACCGCCGCAAGCCCAGCCGGACGGUCCGGAUCCUGACGCCGCAGCAGCGCGAGAUGUUCCUGAGGGACAAGGUGAGUAUGCAGACGCAGGCGAUCGACAUGAGCCUGGCCCCCUCUGCCCCAGUCACCGUGAUAGUGCCCAACAGGUUCCUGGGGGCCGUGGAGGGGGUGCUCGACCUGUCCAGCUCCAGGAGCGACUCCGACAUGGAGGACUGUCCCAGCCAGAGGAUCGCCUCCAGGGAGAGGAUCGCCUCCAAGAUCCUCGAGCCCCUCAGAUCCUUCGGCGGGGUGGAGUCCCCGUGGCGCCAUCUGCCGGGCAGCGACGACUCGAACGGAUCUCACGCGAACGCCAUGAGCGAGGACGACAUGCCCCUCAGUGUCAUUCGACUGACCACUAAAAAGGUUCACGUGGCCACUGCGUGACCCCCGCGGUAGUUUUUUCGCGCCAUUCCACUCUGACGGAAAUUCGUUUGUUGUGCGCAAA